AUGCAGUUCCUACCACUGAUUUUGACUUUUCCUGUGGUUGUAUUUUCACAAUCAUUCUCACCCAAAAUCCCGCUUCAAAUUUUCAAUUCUCUCGCACGCAAAGCAAUCAAAAACAGUCACUUGCAUGAAAAUUGCGCCGCCGAUUUGAAACUUCUGAUCACCAACGAGUCUGACCAGAAGUUAUGGAUUGCAAAAAUGUUCGAUGCUUCCGGAAAAAUAUCUCCCGGACUCUUCAAGGGUAAUUUUCACUUCAUGGGUGACUAUGACGAAUGUUUAGAAAUAGACGAAAAUGUGGGUAACCGGACCGUAGCUGGUCAAUACUGCACUUUGUUCGUGACGGUGUUUGACGAAGUUCUGGGUUCUUUUAGGUCGAGUGUGAAAGAAAACGAGAUAUUUAAAACAAACGCAAAUAUUGACUUCGAAGGGGUGCUAAAUGUGAUGAAGGAUCCAACCCUGAUGUGGGGUGUGUGUAUUCCAAAAUCGUGUUCAAGUGAAAAUGUAGCAAAACUUUCAAGUUACUUGGAAAAUUAUUUCAAUAUUAAAGUACGCAUAACUGUAGUAGAAGAUAUGUGUCAGUAUAAAGAUAAAUCUGUGAAAAGAACACCAGUAGACUAUUUUGCUUUUAUUUUCUUCGCAGUUAUUUUAUUUCUGAUUGUUGUGAGUACUUCGUACGACUUUUACUUACAAAUGAGAGGAGACGAAUUAAAUAUUUUUGUUGCGUUUUCAAUAUACACAAACAUAAAAAAACUUGUAGCGUCAAGCUCAAACACGCCUUUAGACUGUUUAAACGGAAUUAAAGUCCUGAGCUGUUGUUGGAUCGUGCUGGGUCACGUGUUUGUUCUUCAGCUGUUUAGUGUCAAGAAUUUGCUUUACGUUUUCACCGAAUGGAGACACGAAACACUGAGUAUAUUUUUGUGGUCACCUAUGUAUACAGUCAAUACAUUUUUUGCCGUUAGUGGAUUUCUGAGAAGCUACAUUUAUUUGAAACGUACAGAGACGUUUAGAGUGGGUUUGGGUGCUUUCUAUUUGAUUAGAUACGUGAGGAUGACGCCAGCCCUUUUGGCUAUAAUUUUGAUACACACGUCGUUGGUAAAGUUUGCAUCAACCGGACCAUACGGUUUUUUCACUAACAACUAUUUAGCAAUUCAUUGUCGCAAGACUUGGUGGUCUGCUUUCUUUUUUUUCACUAAAAUUAUGAAUUUCAAGAUGUGUGGCAUGCAUCUUUGGUACUUAGCAGUCGAUAACCAGCUAUAUCUUUGUGCACCCUUGAUUUUAUUUUUUAUCAGAAAAUACCCCAGACGCGUCAUUGGGGCAAUGGCUGCCGCUUUUGUGGCGAGUACCAUCUACAGCAUCACCGUAACCAUAUACAAAAGAAUAGGAUUCACGCCUUUUGAGUGGAACGAGGAUUACGCAAGUUUUAUUUACUUUUCCACCAUUCACCACGCGCCAAGUUGGCUCAUAGGGAUUUUUUUCGGUUAUUUGUUCCAUUUUCGAAAAUUCAGACUUUCCAAAAAUCUACAUUUUGCUCUUUUGGUUUUAUCUCUUUACGUUAUGAUAAAUCUAAUUCUGAAACAAACGGUUUUUUUUGGAGAAUACGAUGUCUAUCGUGCGGCUUUAUGGAAUGGUUUGGCGAAACCGCUGUGGGCUUUAGCGGUUUCUUUUAUUAUUUUUAGCUGUGUCAGUGGAAAUGGAGGUUUUGUUGCCACAUUUCUCUCAUUACCCGUGUUUAGAAUUUUUGGUAGACUUACUUAUUGCAUCUACUUGGUCCAUUUUAGCGUGAUUUCUAGUUACUUGUUUAACCAGAAGGAAGUGGUGUAUUUUAGUACCUCUAUCACUCUAUUUAGGGCUUUGGGACUUUCAGUUUUGGUAGUGUUGGGUUCAGUAGUUCUACACUUGGGAUUCGAGGCUCCUAUUAUAGCUCUCUUGCAUUAUAAAAAUAAGUACAAUGAGAAAAGACAAUAG